GGGCUGAGACAGAGCUCAGCCACAAAGGGGCAGUGGGAGGCGCGAAGACAGGCCCCUGCUGGAGCAGAUCUGGGAGAAGCUCAAAGUUUCUGGAAGAACAGUGACAGAUUGACCGCCCUCCGUUGAUCGAGGGAAGACCUGUCAACAUUGCGAUGGAUGCUGGGAAAGGAUGGAAAAUGCGAACUUUGCUCUGGGCUCUCCUGUUCCUGGGGGGUGUGGGGGCUGUCUGCCAGAUAGCCAGGUCCAGACAAUGCCACCGUGCGUCCCCAGUACCAGGGAGCAGUCUGGCCGGCGAGGGUUUUGAUGUGGUAACGUUGGACCGCAAAGGGGUGUACGUGGUGGACGUGGAGAGCUGGAGUCAUCCAGGGGGGGCCUGCAAACUCUGCAGGAAUACUCUGAUGAGGGGUAGAUGGCAGCGUCUCCCCCUGGCCGUGGUGGAUUGGCGAGCCCAACGUAGAUGCCAACGGGCUGUAAAAAGCAGGCUCUUCCACUCAGCCUCUGACUUUAGCAGUUCGGUCAGCUCCAGUGUGGAUAAAAGCUGGAGUGUUGGCCUGGGGAUAUCCAAAUAUUCAGUGUCAGUAGGUGUAACAGUGGCUGGCUCCAAAUCUCGGGCCAUGUCCUUUGCCUACAGUAAAGGCCAAUCAGCCCACUACAGCUUUUCCAGCCAGAAGUUCCAUUGUCGCCUUUACCGUUACCGCCUGAGGAACCCACCCCCUCUGGCAUCUGAGUUCUCCAACCAGCUCAAACAAAUCACCAGCAGCUCCUAUGCGGGUGCCCGGCACCAGUAUCGCCAACUAGUGCAGACUUUCGGGACACAUUACAUCCAGUCAGUGGAGCUGGGUGGUUCCUACGAGGACGUGACGGCCAUCCGCACCUGUAAGGCCCUUUCUCAGGGCCUCACUGCUACUCAGGUGAAGAACUGCCUCAGUGUGGAGGCCAGUGUUAGCGUGUUAGGAUUUGGCCAUACAUCAGCUCAAGCAGAUUACUGCAAGAAGCAGGCCUCGUCCCAUACCCAUUCCCACAGCUUCCACCAGGCCUUCAGCGAGAGGCUGACAGAAGUCUCAGGAGGCCAUAGUACUGGGCACACAGACAUCCUCUUCUCCAAUUCUCGGGCCUUCACCAGCUGGAUGAACAGUCUGACGGCCUCACCAGGCAUCAUACACUACCGGCUGGCCCCCCUCCAUUUCCUGCUGCCCAGAACCGACAUUCGCCAGAAACAUCUGAGGCGCUACCUCAGAGAGUACAUUAUGGCCAACGCCAUGAAACGUAACUGCUCCAGAACCACCUGCCCCUCUCCUGGGAAGAAAAGCCGCUCUAAUCGCUGUUCCUGCCUAUAUCUGGAGAACUCCUUGAUGGACCGUCAGCCCUGUGCCAAGCAGAAGGGUGCAGGGCACCUGGUUGUCACUGUAAUUAGUGGCUCCGGUCUCUGGGGUGACUAUCUCUCUGGCACUGAUGGUUUUGUGGUGGUCUAUUAUGGUAAUGCCAAAGGUCAGACCAGGGUGGUGGACAACAACAACAACCCUACCUGGAACGCCACACUGGACCUGGGGGAGGUGGUUGCCCGCAGCUACAUGAAGCUCAUCGUGAAGGUCUAUGAUAAAGAUGUCUGGGGGAAUGACCAUCUGGGGACCUGCAAGGUGCCUCUGAUCUCUGGUGUCACCGAUCACACCUGCCACCUUAAGCAUGGCAAGGUCACCUACCAAAUGUCCUUCAUCUGUGGCCACCAAUUGCAGGGUAGCACCUACCACCAGUAUGCCCCGAGUGCAGGGGCCCAUGAGUUCACCGGGCUCCUGUGGACCAACCAGUCCUUCCACUCGUCUGACUCCCCCACCGCCCUUUCCUCAGGGAAUGCCCUCCUCAAAGUUAUCUACCCCUGACCUUUGACCUCUCACCAACCUCACUCCCAGGUCCAACGCUGCUUCCUAUUGCCACAGUACUGCUAUCAUACCACCCUCCCCUCUUUCCCUCUCCCCCAUUCAUCAUUCCCAUUGCCCAGAUAUUUGCCCUCUAUUCUCCAUGACCCUGUACCCAUCAUCCUCGGUGUCUCAUCAGUCCCAUUGCCCUGACCUUUCCCCUCUCACCCCAAGGAACAAUUCUCUCCAGGACUCCUUCAUCACAUUCAUGCCCAUGAACCUCCAUUACCGAGGUCACAUUGUCUUCAGUUCAAUCUCCUGACCUUUGCACUAUCACCCUUAAUAGUCCAGGUCACAAUAUCUCAUGCUCCCCCCCAGUCUCAGCCUCUGAGAGAGAGACCCUACAUUUCACUCACACCUCACCAAUUCCUCAGAUUCUCUGGGCACUAGGAAUUCCCAGUGGGAAUGGGAGUCCCGGCUUGCCUGACUGCACCAAGCUUUCAGGCACUGGUGUUUGAGGGUACAGGGUGGGAAGGCCAUUGAGGACACAACCUCUCUGUAUCUGUCAUAUUGCCACUGUAUCACCCCAGCAGAAACCCCUCACCCCAACAAAGACCUGUAUUGGAGGGAAGGUGCCCAAACCAGCUUGCCAAACCGCAGGCAGCUUAAUGGCUUGAGCGUAACGUAAUUUACAGAUCCGCUAGACCCGUGCAGGAGGUGACUGAGAGCAGGCUCCAUUUCCCAUAAUCCUGUUGCUGACAGGGGACCAACUGGAGAGUCUCCGACUGACUUGUGUCCCAGAACGGGUGGCAUGUCGGAGCAGAACCAUCAUCACAGGAACAUCGUACACCUCCCUGUGCACGAGAAGCUUUGCAAAGAGAUGCUUUGGAGACAGAAGAGAUUGUCUGAUUGCCUCUUGCCUUCUUUGUACAACUUGUGUUUUUGCAAUAAACAUCACUGA